GGAGGGUUGAGAUGGCUAAGGAUCUGGAACCAGAGUUUCACCCGAAGUGGAAACACUGUGAGACCCCUGGUGUGAGUACCCUGUGCAAUAUGAGGAAGCUCCUGGACCGUCUGCAGAAAGACCACAGAGAAGAUAUCUGCCUUUACACCUCAGGACACCUGAACCCCGACAAGCUCUACAGGCCCCCUGAGACCAUCCUCCAGCACUGGUACAGUGCCCACAGGCCAUCAGAGAAAACUGUCUCCCCAUCCACUACUUCUAGAGCCAGGAGGGUGGCAGAGAUGAAAGAUGUUUGGGUUUAUUUUACCAUCAACACAGCUCUGCAUCCCCGUGAUGCCCAGAACACAGGGCUGUUCAGGUAUUUGAACCCACGUGUGCUCACUUCUCGUGAUUUGAAAGAGGAUGUUGCCUCAAGGAAGUUCCUGCAGGAGGCAGAAUACGAGGAAGAGGAAAGACAAAGGAAGGAGGAGCUCCGGUUGCCUGAGAUAAAGGUGCUCAGGUACCCAAGGGUGGUAUCUAGCCGCCAGUGUGCCAGGUCUGCCCCAGGCAGGGACACGUACGAGUACAUCAGCUCCUACUUAGCUGGUGCAACAAAAGCUGACAGGUACAAGAAGUUCCUGAGCUUCCAAAAACAAGUCGUGGUGAAACAAGACCUCCUGAAACAGGAUUUCACGGGGAGCAAGGUGGCCGUGCGCCACGAGAAGGCGCUGCAGGAGGAGCUCCAGAAAAUCUGCACCUGCAAUCCCCAGCAGUUUAACAGGCUGCAGGUCUUCAGCAACAUCUUUGAAGAUAUUUGCAACAGCUCCUUGGUAUUUGGUGACCUCUUGAAAGAGGUUAAGGAUGAAUAUGAACUCUACAUGGCCACUCUUCUGGACUCCCAGCCCACAGCACAGUAUGAGGUAAUGGCCACCAGGAAAGGUGUGUGGAACCUGCAUGUCCUGGGCUCCGUAUUUCACCAGCGCUAG